GCGAUCCAAGGCCACGGCAGGGGUGCCACAGCUGUGCUCGGCAGCACAGGCUGGGUCCUUGUCGCUAAAGCAGAGGAACCACUUCUCCUGGGCCCACGAGGUGGCUGUCCCAUGGUCUGCUGAGCACGGUGCCAUGCUUCUGCAACUCCUGCCGCUUCUGGCCCUGCUGGGCCCUCGCAGCAGCCUCCAGCUGGCGGAGACCAGCAAGAAUGAAGCCAUGAAGGCCCCAGGCCCCCUAUACCCAGGUGAUGAUGGGGGACACCCAGAAGACGAUGAAUCAGACUAUGACUAUGUAGUACAAACGGACCCUCCGGAGAUGCUUGACAAUAGCACCAAGGUCCCCAACUUUCUGCCUAUGGUGGCGACGCUGGGGCAGAGAGAGUCUGCAGGGCCUACGACACCUAAGUCAUUCAUUCUAGAGAUGUCCACAAGGGACUCUGCUGUCCUGAAUGCCACAGGGGCAACCACUGAGAAACUGAGCCCAGAACUGGUCACACUGGUCUCUCUGACCAGAGAACUGGUCACUGAAAUCCCUCCCAAAAUGAAGGAUCCGUCCACAGAGCUGGCUGCAGCCACAGAAGCCCUGUCCACAGAACCCGCGCCCACAGAGGCCCCGUCCACGGAACCCAGGCUUACAGAGGCCCCGUCCACGGAACCCAGGCUUACAGAGGCCCCGUCCACGGAACCCAGGCUUACAGAGGCCCCGUCCAUGGAACCCAGGCUUACAGAGGCCCUGUCCACAGAACCGGUGCCCACAGAGGCCCUGUCCACAGAACCCGUGCCCACAGAGGCCCUGUCCACAGAACCCACGCCCACAGAGGCCCUGUCCACAGAACCCAAAAUCAUAGAGACUCUGCCCACGGAACCAGCCACCACAGAAGCCCCUUUCAGGGAGCCCACUACCAUACCAGCCCUGCCCACAGAUCCAACCACUGUGGAGGCCCUGCCCAUGAGACCUGCUACCACCAGGGGCCUAACCACAGCCCUUCCCGUGGCCUCUGAUACUCCCAAGGGCACCACUGUGGCAGCUGGCGACUGGUCUGAUGACUUCACUGGGAGCUCUGUGGCCCCGAUCCCCCCAGAGGGCCUGCUGGACCCGGGCCCCGUGAAGCAGUGUCUGCUGGCCAUCCUCAUCCUGGCCCUGGUGGCCACCGUCUUCCUCGUGUGCACCGUGGUGCUGGCCAUCCGCCUCUCCCGCAAGAACCACCUGUACCCCGUGCGCGAUUACUCCCCCAGCGAGAUGGUCUGCAUCUCGUCUCUGCUGCCCGAGGGGGGCGAGGGGCCCGCUCCCACGCCCAACGGGGACCUGCCCAAGGCCAAGGACCAGGGCCGGAAGGCAGGGCCGGGGGAGGACCGUGAAGGGGAUGACCUCACCCUGCGCAGCUUCCUCCCUUAGCUGCCGAGCUGCUGAGCCAGGGCCCAUGCCGAGGCUCUAAGCUGCGGGUCAGACUGCCUUGGAUCCCCCGGGAGACAGGAAUCUUCAGGGCGGGGACCCGGGCUGCCACACACAGGACUGAGAGCAGCCAGGCUCCAGGCACCGAAGCAGGCCUGGCAAACAGAACCCCCAGUAGAGGCUGCAGACGACCCCCCAGCUCCCUGCCCAGCCCCCGUGUGUCCUGGGCUCCCUCUAAUGCCUCCAUUCCCCGGCCGCUGGAGUCUCACGCUCACGCACCCAGGGGGGCUCAGAGUUUGUCCCUGCCGCCAUGCCCGCGACCCUUUCUUUCCUUCCACGGCCACAGCACAGGAAGGUGGCACUCGGCACUGGAUUCCUUAGUUCACUU